ACUCGCCCAUACAAUCGAACGAAACUUGUUUUCUAUUGGGCGGGAUCUUGAGCCCUAUACUUAUUUAUGUUAUACUUUAAUGAUAGAUAGUUCAUGUGCUUUGUCAUAUAACUCACAUUUAUGUAAAAUAUCUACAAUUCCACUUCUUAACCCUGAAUCAUGGCCGUAGAUAAGAAUAAAAAGAAAACAACUACCAAGGCAAAUAUAAAUUCAAGACUAACGCAUUUCCUUCAAUCGAGUUUAUGGCAAAUAUGUCUCCUGAUCGCCUUAUGCGAUUUGGGACAUGCGCUUUUCUUUGUUGUCAAUGCGACCAUUUCAUUGCUCACGAGAUUCAAUAUAUACUCCACAUUGGCUCUUAUGGGAACUGUAUUUUGGGUGCUUGUCGUGGUGCUAUUAAUCGUUGGCCUCACGAUGCGGCGUCCUCUAUUAGUUAAAAUCUGGCUUAUCUUCUCAAUAAUUGGUUUCAUUGUGGAUAUAGGAUUUUCAAUAUGGGGCAUCGUGUCUUCUGUAACAGUGGAUGUGGAUCACCUAAAAGAAUUUUCCAUUAUAUUUGUGGGAGUUUUUAUCGAAAGCAUCUGCAUAUAUCUGGUGUAUAGGUACUAUUUAAGUAUGGACCCGUGUCGGCUUGUCGAUGAGCCCGAAAGAGGAAAGAAAAGAACCACAAAGAAGAAUCGGGAUGACAGGGCGUGUAAAGAUAGCCAGAGGAAGCCCAAAGCGCACGAGAAAAGAACAGUUAAAAAGAAACCGGAAAAGAAGAAACCUACAAAAAAAUAAACAGUCUUCCUUCUAGUCUUCUCAGCAAAAUCCAUAUACCAAUCUUAUGUAUAUAAAUAUGUCGUAGUAGACAUUGUGUCUACUCUCUCAGUAAAUAUAUUUUAUAUAAAUUUUCCAAAACAUUUUUUUUUUUCAAAUACCUUAUUGGAUCAUACGAUGGAAGCUCAAUCUGAAAAUAUUGCAUAUGACGAGACCUCUGGCAGUUCGGGUGGAAUAAGUUUGGUGCAAAUCUGUUAUUUAAUUGCAAUAAUUGAUUUGGCCCAGUCACUAUACUUUUUGGUUCAGUCAAUCGAUGAUAUGGGUUGGAAUGUUGGUAUUUACUCAAUUGUUGUAUUCCUAGGCUCGAUAUUUUGGAUUAUUAUGGUUAUACUGCUUUUAAUAGGUCUAUGGAAGCAUCGUCUUCGGCUAAUCUCCUGUUGGCUGAUAUUUUCGAUCAUUGGCAUUAUUGCGGAUAUAUUCAUUUUUAUUUGGACGAUUUCCGUAUCCGAUUACGUAGACUGGCCGCAAAUUAUACAGUUCACCCUCUUAUAUUUGGGCAUAGUUCUUGAAUGGUUAUGCAUUUAUAUUGUCUACAGAUAUUGUUUGAGUAUCGUGAGAGUUCAGUUCGACGAGGGUAGCUCGAACAAGAAGAAAUGGUUCAGCUACUCACGUAAGGACCCUCAGAAGACUCAGAAUACAAUACGGGAGUCUCAAGAGCCUGUAGCUAAACCUGAGCAUAAAGGAGAUACUAUAAUUUACAUCGGUGCCCCGAAAUGAGAUAUCUAGAAUUGAUUUGUAAAGAAAUGUUAUAUUCGUAUAAGCUCAGAUGUAACACUAAACCACUUAUACAAAAUUCUUCCACUGCAUUGGCUUUUAUAGAUCGUUUCAAUUUACUGCCUAGCUCGUGUGCCAAAAUCAAUUCGAAUCUGCCAGCACAAACAAUAAUAAUAAUUGAGUUUGAUAGUUGUCUUUUUA